CAAACGUGUGCGCACUUCUUUGGACAGAAACUGUAUACUUUGCAGUGUUGAUCUUGGAGUGUCUGCUUCAAAACAAACGUUUCCACAUAUCGACAGUUUUCCUGCUGCGGAGUUCAUCGUCCUGGUCGUCUGCAGGCUGUGAUGGCAGACUAAUGCUGCAGGUGCUGCAUCCCCCACGUUUAUCACCUUGAGCAUCCCGUCAGGAAAACACCAUUGUGGAUGCCUCGAACCAUGAGUGUCCCAGGACCUCCGUCGAGGAAAGCCAAUGGAGUGGCCAGAUCGGACAGCAAGCUCAGCGCCAAGGCCCUCUACGAGCAAAGGAAAAAAUAUUCCAACUCCAAUUAUAUCAUGCAUGAGACGUCACAGUAUCAUGUUGAGCAUCUCUCCACGUUCAUCAUGGACAAGACAGAGUCCAUUGCCACAGUGGACGAUGCCAUCAAGAAACUCGUCUUGCUGGAUACAAAAGACAAAAUCUGGACGCAGGAGAUGCUCCUGCAGGUCACCGACAAUGCGGUCAGGCUGCUGGACUGUGACACACAGGAAGAGCUGGAGAACUUUCCUCUACCCACAAUCCACAUGUGUCAGACAGUGUUGAAUCAGACGCGUUACCCCUCUGUGCUGCUGCUUGUGUGUCAGGACAAGGACCAGUAUAAACCCGACAUACACUUCUUCCAUUGUGAUGAGGUGGAGGCUGAGAUGGUUCAUGCAGAUGUAGACAGUGCCAUGGGAGACAACAAGCAUGGAAAGAAAAUGAGGCCUCAGACUCUGAAGAUGAACCAGGAGAAAAUGAAGCAUCACAGAGAGACCAUCCUCCCCCCUUCAGCACCUAGGGGUCCAGCCCCUACCCCAAAGGGACGAGUGUCUGCCCCAAACACACAGAACAGACGACUUUCUUCACAAAGUGACUCAGAGUCACAUGAAAAGCUUGCCCACCGCAUUGAGAAGGAUGUGCAAAUCCUCAACUGUGCCCUGGAUGACAUUGAAAUUUUUGUGGCACGGUUGCAAAAGGCAGCAGAGGCCUUUAGUCAGCUGGACCACCGCAACAAGAGUAAGAAGAAUAAGAAGAAAGGACCAGCAGAGGGCAUGCUGACCCUGCGAGCCAAGCCCCCCUCUGAAGCAGAGUUCAUUGAUAGCCUGCAGAAACUGAAGCUGGCCCUCAACCUCUUGGCCAAACUGAAGAAACACAUCCACAAUCCAAGUGCGGCAGAACUGGUUCAUUUUCUCUUCGGCCCUCUGGAGAUGGUGCUGCAGAGCUGUGGAAGUCCUGAACUCGUACGUUCCAUUAUCUCCCCUCACCUGUCCAAAGACGCUGUCGACUUCCUGCGGGCAAACCUCUCCCCCAAAGAGAUGACCAUCUUUGAGCUGCUGGGAGAAGGAUGGACCAAACCCAGAUCCGAGUGGCCGAAGGAUCAGUGUGCUCCACCUUAUUACCCCAAGUUUCGUAACGGUUGGGAGCCGCCUGCAGAGAUCUUCAGGACAGCCCCGUGGGAAACAGAGGUCUCCGCUCCAACAGGGCCACUGGGGACUCCCAUCAGCCCUGAUUACAGGACUCAUUCACCUGAUGAUUUUUAUGGAACUCAUUCCUCAACUUCAUCAAAUGGGUCUUAUAAUGGGAUGACCCCGAUCCGCAAAUAUGCCAAGAUACGCUACCACUUUGUAGCGCGGAAUGCCAACGAGCUGUCAGUGUUGCAGGAUGAAAUCCUCGAGGUGAUAGAAGACGACAAACAGUGGUGGAAAUUACGAAAUCGCAGUGGCCAGUCUGGCUACGUCCCAUAUAACGUCCUGGAUGUUGUGAAGGUAGACGAGCCUGAAGCUGUCUUCAAUCAGCCUGGCUACACAACGUCACCACCUGGAGCCCUGCACCACAGAGAGAGUUUCAACAAGGGUAGACAAAAAGACAAAAAGAUGGAUGAAGUCAACAGUGAGUUAUUGAUGAUGAUCACAGCAAACAAAAACCAGCCGCCUACCAGGAAGUUCCGUGUGGAGCGACCCAUCGGCAACCUAGUGCCGCUCAGCUUCGACUCAAAACCAGAGCAGGUCACAGCAUGGCUCAAAUCAAAAGAUUUCUCUAGACCGGCGGUUGAAUGUUUGGGGAUCCUGACUGGAGCCCAGCUGUUUUCCCUCAACAAGGAAGAACUGAAGGCGGUGUGUGGAGAAGAAGGCGGUCGUAUUUACUGUCAGAUUACUGUGCAGAAGACACAGCUAGAGAAGACCAACGGAGACUCAGAGCUCCAGGAGAUCAUGAAGCGGAGACAGGAGAGGAUCGCCUCUGGCAGCAAAGAGUGAACCUGCCGACCAACACAACGACUGCUUUCUUCCCCCGCAGCUCUCUCACUGCAGCAGCUUUUCAAAUCAAUCUACUGUUAAUUAGGACCCACAAUAGAAUAUAUUCAAAUGUUGUAUACAUGUUUAAUUGUAUAUUUAUUUUGUAUCAACCAAUGUGUAUGUAUUCAUGUAUUAAUUAAUUAUGUUGCAUUUGUUUCUAUCGUCUCUUUCAAUUUAGCCGUUGAAAAGAUGUUUGUUGUGUGAAAAGAGGACCAUAUGAAUCUAUGUACAGUUUAGUGUGUGUGUGUGUGUGUGUAUGUGUGUGUGAGUGUGUGUGUGUAUGUGUGUGUGAGUGUUUGAGUGUGAAUGUGUGUGUAUGUGUGCGAUCAUGUGUAUGCAUGACAGACAAGUAACGUACAUAUUUGUACAAGCAGUGUGGUCGAAGUUUAUGCUUAUUGUUAAUAUUACAGCCGUAUACUAAAAGAAUCAGUAAAUAAGUAGAUCUUAGCUGUUGCAUACCCAAAUCUGUGCCAGGAUGUAUGACACAUUUUCUGAUAUUUAGCCAAUUAUUUUCAUAUUACUGUUUACAGCUAUAAUACAUUAAUAAAGCAUCUGCUAUGUAUUGUUCAUAGCAGGUGUCAGCAGCGCUCUCAUCCUGGAUGGUAACUGCAGAUCAGCAGUAAUUCACUUAAUCUUGCUGUUGAUCACAAUUUACUGAACUCAGAAAUUCUGCAUGAAGUCUUUGUCAAUAAUAGUGAAAUGCUGUCAUUCAUGUGUUUUAUUUUUGCAGCAUGACAUUUGGCAGUGUAAACUGCACGGACACAAAUAUUGAGGAAUAUUUGAGGACAGUAUUUUGUUCUGGUAUGAAUGAUUAAAUGAAGAC